GACAGUGACAGUUGAGUAUUGGUAAUGGCGGAAAGCAGUUGGACAAUAACAUUUAUCCAAAGAAAAUUUGUUAUAAAAAUUCUUUAGCCUUCCGUUAAGACCCGAUUUACUGCAAAAUCCUUGAAAGAAAUCUGCCUUGCAUCAAACCCGAGGAUUUUUAGCGUACCGUAUCAUCUCCACGUUGCAUUUAUAGUCCCUUACAUUCUUCAAUUAGUAUGUUUGUAUUUUUUGUGAUACCUUAGCUGAUAGGGAUUCCAAAACGAGAAAAAGUGUGAAAAAAACCGAGAGAAAAACAACAUUGGGUGGCCAGUAGUUAUGGUGAAAAGUAGUUGGAAGCUUUACAGAUAGCCAUGGCAAAUUUGAACUUUACAAGAAACAUUGGAGGUAGUAGCCUCGGGAGGUCUAGUGUUAGUUUUGGGGGUAAUUCUAUGUCGGGGCAUGUUACCCCCGUAUUCGGACAACGACCGCCACCGGAAAGGAGAACCAUUCCUCCAAUGGGAAAUUCGAACCAAAUGGGUAACAUGAACACGACGUCGAUGAACAGUCUCGGCGGUUACAGUUCCUUCAAUUCGGUGUUUGGGUCGGGAGACGCGAACACCCCAUCUCUCCUGGACCUGAGCGAGUUUCCCUCUUUAACCAACAGGAAUUCCGGCGACGUGCCCCAGCCCAGUCCCAUGCCCGGUGCCAAACCUUACGUGGGGAUGGUAAAACAGGUGAGAUCCAGGCCGACGUCGGAAUCAAGCGAGUUCACGAUGUCGAACGAGGAUUUUCCCGCGUUGCCAGGCACGCAGAAUCGAGCGGAGGGGGCGUCGCCCACCUGCAGCCAAUCGGACGAGAAGAUGCAACAGCAGGACGGCAACGUCGCGGCGCAGACCAACAGCGACGGCGUCUCAACCGGAAACUCGAGUACGACGACAUCGCAAUUGGGCGGCGGUACGGCCACCACGGACAAAAAUUUAACGAAACAAAGCGGUGGCAUAAGAUCGACGCCCGAUGGCAGAGUGAGCAACAUCCCGGCGAACAUGGUGUCCGAUCAGUUCGGCGUGGUCGGUCUUUUAGCGUUCAUCAGGGCCGCCGAAUCCGAUCCGAAUCUGGUAUCGUUGGCUCUGGGCCAGGACCUGACCGCCCUCGGGCUGAAUCUCAACUCGCCGGAGAAUUUGUACGCGUCGUUCGGCGGACCGUGGGCGGACCAUCCGUGUCGUCCCCAGGACGUCGAUUUUCACGUGCCUCCCGAGUACCUUAUCAACCACGCCAUCAGGACUAAACUCGCCCCGAUGAAACUAAGUUUAUACAAGGAUGACGUACUGUUCUUCAUGUUUUAUACUAGUGUAGGCGAUGUACUUCAAAUUGCGGCUGCUGCCGAACUGUAUAGUCGAGAUUGGAGGUAUCACAUGGAGGAGAAAAUAUGGAUCACGCAAGUUCCCGGCAUGGUCCUCCUGGAAAAGACUAGCACGUACGAGAGAGGCACCUACUACUUCUUUGAUGUUCAAAGUUGGAGAAAGGUAGCAAAAGAGUUCCACCUGGAUUACAGUAAGCUCGAAGGUCGACCGAUGCUAAACCAAACGUGAGCCCCCGGCAGCGGAACUCCCUCUCCGAUCACCACUUCCCGGGGCCACUAUUCGACAUCCGCCGCGUAUAAAUAAAUGAAAAGUGUAUACAUUAUAAUAUAAAAAACAAACAAAAAAGCAUUGUUAAUUUUAAGGUUAAUAGAAUUUAUGGAUCCGAUUCGCCGCGUCGUCGUCGUAGUCGUGCGGGCGAGUCGGAUCCCUUCUGAUUGGAUAAGUAUUAACAUUCGAAAAAAUUUUGAACAAAAAAAAAACACUCAAAGGCAAAAAAGGCUAAAUACAAUUUUGAGGAUUAAACGUUGUAAAAAAUCUAUACAGUUUUCAUUUUAUUUGUAUAUUGAUUUGUACAAUAUUAAUAAAUACUUACUGAUUUAUUAUUUUA